CUAGUACGCGACGUCAAUUUCUGAAAUUUGUGUAAUAAAAAUAUCAAGUGUGAAGUGCUAAAAAUAAAUAAUAUUCAAUAAGUUGACCAAGCUGCGAACGCGAUGCGGCUAAUUGGAUUUAUUCUAAAUUUGGCUGCUUUAACAGCUGGCGUCUUGGCCAAUCACCAUGACAGCCUGACGCUGAGUCCGGCGGAGCACAGCGUUGUGCGCUACACAAACGAAUCGCUCAUUGUCCAAUGCAGAGCUCCCAGUCCCCAGGUGAAGCUGCAUUGGAAAUCGCCGAGAGGUGAAAUUAUAAGCGCGAACAAAGGACGCAUUCACAUCGAGCAAACUUCACCAGAACAAUUGCAAAUCGUUUUCGCACACAUCGCACUUGCGGACAAGGGCAAUUGGAGCUGCGAGGCGGUCGAGGGGGGAAUGCAUAGUAAAUCGUACGAGUUGAUUGUGUAUCAGAAAAUUACGUUUACGGAAACGAAUUCGGUGACGACGGUGAAGGAGGGCCAAAAUGCAACCAUAUUGUGCGAGGUGAAGGGGGAACCGCAACCGAACGUCACCUGGCAUUUCAAUGGACAGCCCAUUAGUGCGGAGGCAAACGCUUCGAAAUUUCGCAUCCUGGCGGAUGCCUUGCUCAUCAAGAAGGUAACACAGUUUGACACCGGCGAAUACACGUGCCGAGCAUUCCAAGUGAAUUCGAUUGCUUCCGAUAUGCAGGAGCGCACAGUUUUGAUGAAAAUCGAACAUAAGCCACAAUGGAUUCACACGCUGCACACUGAACAACAAUAUGCUUACAUCAAUGGCACGGCGAUCAUCGAGUGCAAAGCAACCGCUGAGCCACCGCCAACGUUUAGUUGGUACCGCAAACAGAAGAGACUAGAGAGCAACGAGCACACGCAUCUGAUUGAGACUCAAGCGACAUUCUCCCGCAUCACAAUCCAUGUCCAUGAUGCCAAACAGUUUGACAACUAUCGCUGUCGUGUCCACAAUCAUCUGGGCACCAUUGAGCGAGUGACUCGACUGGAGCAGGGCGAGAAGCCGCCGCCACCAACUGUGUUCCAGCUGCGGGGCUACAACUCGAAUACCUUCGAUGUCGAUGUGAGUGCGCAGCGGGACAAGGAUAAGGUGGGGCCCAUGGAUGUGAAUGGCUUUCGCAUUCAGUACAUCACCGAGCCGGAGUUCAAAGCCGAUGCCAACAAAUGGACUAAUGCCAAGCACAAGGACUUUCCCUACGAGGAGGGUGCAAGUCUGCUGAUAACGAACCUCGAGCCGGACACCGAGUAUUUGAUACGCGCUGCUUCGCGUAAUCUCGCCGGCUUCAGCGACUACACAAAAGUUACUCAGAAGCGCACUUUGUCCUUGGAGCUGCGUGCUUCGGCUGGCGCUUUGUUGCCUUCUCUCUAUCAACUGUUAACGGCAACACUGUUGUUGUUGCUGCUGCGGCGUUGUCACUGAAGCGUCUGUAUUUCUCCCUUUCCAGUUCCCUUUUCCCUCUUCCUAUUGUUCCACUACUAGAAGAUCUACUUCCAGUUCCCUUUCCAAUCUUACUUCUAGUGUCACUUCCAGUCCAACUUUCAGUCUAACUUCCAGUUCCCCUUCCAGUCUCACUACCAAUCACCCUUCAUUCUUAUUUCCAGUGACACUCAAUGUUUCACUUCCAGUCACACUUCCAAUCUCACUUCAAGUAAUACUUCCAGUCUCACUUCCAGUCUCACUUUCAAUCUCACUUCCAGUCUCACUUUCAUUCUCACUUCCAGUCACACUUUCGUUCUCACUUCCAGUCACAUUUCCAAUCUCACUUCCAAUCUCACUUCCAAUCCUACUUCCAGUCUCACUUCCAUUCUCACUUUCAAUCUCACUUCCAGUCUCACUUUCAUUCUCGCUUCCAGUCACACUUCCAACCUCACUUUCAAUCUCACUUCCAUUCAUAUUUCCAGCCACACUUCCAAUCUCAUUUCCAGCCUCACUUCCAUUGCCACUUCUAAUCUCUCUUCCAUAUUUAAUUCCACAUCCUAUUCCACUUCCCGUUCCCUAACCACUUACAGUUCCACUUCUUCCACUUCCAAUUCCAUGUGCUUUGUCUAGCUUUAAGACUAUCUCUGAUUUGCCGACUUGUACUAAAUAUUGUUCUAAGUUCUUGAUACGAGUUUAAACACUCUCUUAAGUCUACGUCUAUAAGCAGUUCUCUAUUGAAUCGUUUCGUUCGUUUAGCCAGCCCAAAAAUUAGUCAAAAUUGAAAACAAAAACUAACAAUUAAUCGCUUUAUUAUUAUAUUAAAGGCAUACAGGUUUGUUCCGAAUAACGCCUUCUGCUUGAAUUCUAUUAUACAGAAAUAGAAAUUGGAAUUGUAUUCCAAAAUGUAUUAUAAUAGACGUAUUUCAUAGAAACCUCAGCGGAUUCAAGUAGAAAGUGGAAUUCGGAACACGUUUAUUGCUUAGCUUCUAGCUGAAAAUUUAAUGAAAGUUCAACUUAAAAGUUAUAUUUGCAAAAAUCCCAAAGAGCUGUGGCCCCCAAAAUAGUACUAGCUGCAGUUUUGUGCCUUGAGGCCAACAAAAAUAAGUUAAGUUAUUAAAAGGAAAAACUCGAAUUACUCCAAAACUCAAUCCAAACAAGUAAAUAACCGAUAAGCAUUUAAAUGCCAUAUCUACCAAACGAAAAUCCACUUAAUAGUCGCUCUCUCUCUCUCUCUUCUAUACUAUACACAGAAUUAUUAUAAAGGAGCUUAGAAAUGAAAUUCGAUGUUGUUUUUUGUAUAAACAGUUUACAAACAUUUAAAACUAUACCAAAAUAAAUAAAUUGAAUACAACAAACAGUCCAUUAGAAUGCAACAAAAAAAGAAGAGGAAACACAAACAAAACAGACAAACUGAACAACAA